GCAUCCGCUGGCGGCGGCGGCGGCGGCGGCGGCGGCGGCGUGGGUGCGCCGUGCCGGGCGGUCAGCUGGCGGCGGGGCGAUAAGAGGGCGGGCGGCGCAGGGCGGCAGCGCUCGGUGCUCCCUCCUCUCUCCUCGGUCGCUUGCUCGCUCCUGCCGCGCUCCGGGGGCGGGGAAGGCGCCCUGCUCCGCCAUGGCCGAGACGAUCGCGGACACCCGCCGGCUGAUCAGCAAGCCGCAGAACCUGAACGACGCCUACGGGCCGCCCAGCAACUUCCUAGAGAUCGACGUGGGCAACCCGCAGACGGUGGGGGUGGGCCGCGGCCGCUUCACCACCUACGAGAUCCGCGUCAAGACAAAUCUACCUAUUUUCAAAUUGAAAGAAUCGACAGUCAGAAGAAGAUACAGUGACUUUGAAUGGCUAAGGAAUGAACUAGAAAGAGAAAGCAAGGUUGUGGUACCACCUCUACCAGGAAAAGCUCUUCUCCGUCAGCUCCCCUUCCGAGGAGAUGACGGCAUAUUUGAUGAUUCCUUUAUAGAGGAAAGGAAACAGGCUCUUGAACAAUUCAUAAACAAGGUUGCAGGCCACCCCCUGGCACAGAAUGAGCGCUGUCUUCACAUGUUCUUACAAGAUGAAGUAAUAGACAAAAACUACACACCAUCCAAAAUAAGACAUACUUGAGCUCUGAAACCAUCUUCUCAACAUUAGUGGUUCUUAUGCUUGGUUUUAAGAGGUUGUAGUUUGUCUUAGCAUGCUGAGGAUAAACAGGUACAACGUCUCCACUAACAUCAAUACACUGCUUGGUCUUUGUAUAUGCUUUACAGCAUUAAAGAACUCACUUGUCUUCUAGCUAAAUCCCUCUGAAUCGUUGAUUUAAGAGUAUUAUACUAUGAGACCAUCCACUCCUUGCAAUGUCUCACAAACCUUUCCACUCUUAUUUGCAAUGACUUAACAAUGUUUACUGACUUGGCCUUACUUGAACUUGCACAGUUGUAGUGUCACGUGUUCACCUGUAUUAGACUAAACUGCUAUGCUGUUUCUGAGGUAGUAAUCUGUCUGAACUUCUGUAGAAAGACUGCUUUAUUUCUGAUACUCUGUGAGAAACACUUAGCAACUGUCUUCGAGCUUGUAAAACACUUUAUACUGAAGUAAUGAGGGAAUUAUCUUUAUAUUCUGUAAGAGGAAAAAAUCAGAUUUAUAUACUAAGGUAACUUGUCUAAAGUUUUGAAAUAAAAGUGAAAAUGCACUUCAAA